UAAUGGCAUGACAUGACUGCCAUUCAUAUAUAUAUAGAUGUCUGCUGUGCAAACACAAUUUCCUUGUAAGAGGAAAGCAUUCUAAGGGAGAGAAUUUGAGCUCAAAUAUGAAGCUUUUUGGUUCCAAGGCUCUGCCAUCUUUGGUUUUUGUGUUGGUCCUAACAGGUUUGCUGGAGCAAGGUGAGGGGACUGCUUGUAGCAGCACAUUCUUCUCAGCACUGGUGCAGUUAAUACCCUGCAGAGCAGCAGUUGCUCCUUUUAGCCCCAUUCCACCAAGUGAGACCUGCUGCAAUGCUAUCAAAUCUCUGGGGCAACCUUGUCUGUGUGUUCUUGUAAAUGGCCCUCCCAUAUCUGGUGUUGAUCGGAACAUGGCCCUGCAGCUGCCUGAGAAAUGCACUGCCAACUUUGAACCAUGUGAUAUAAUGAAGUAGAUGCAUGUGUGAUUUUAUGAAUAAGUUUGUGGAGAGCUCAUGAGAACCUUUCCCUGUUAGUACUAUUGGCAGAUUGCCCCCACAAUAAAAGGAUAUAUGAACAUUAAUUUUAAGUACUAUAUAUAAGCCUGUGGGGGGUCUUGUUCCGUGGAACCUUUUUCUUCUUGUUUCUGUUUCCUUCCUAAACAGAUUGCUUAGUUAGUUGCAUAUUAAUAGCUUAUUUCCUUUGGUGAGAGUUCAUUGCCUCCAUUUUCUUUUAUGAUAUGUAUGUCUCUUCUUUCUCUAUCAAACUAUGGUAUAAUUACUCUUUUAGAAUUUAGGGUCAUUGCCCAGGAAAUUUAUGCUUUCCCAGCCUUUAUGAGGCUAUAAAAGCAUAUUUUUCGCAUAUUUUUGUCUGGCAUACGCCUCUCCCAUUCCGGAAGAGAACAGCUUUCGGCUAGCAUAAAUUAAACAUAUGCAAUUAACAUACUGAUGAAUUUAAAACGAUCAAGUUUCUUCGUACGUUUUGGGUAUGGUACAGAUUUCAUUGGUUGGAGUAUCACCAAUUUAGAUCUUGAAACCG